AUGGGCAAAUCACCACAAUCCGGGGUCCCCAGAUGGUUUUCCGAGUCCAGACGCCUAUAUGUGGUCAAGCCAGUGCUACUAGCAGAUAUCGGUGAAGGCAUUGUCGAAUGCGAGGUCAUCCAGUGGUUCGUCGAGCCCGGCGCCCGCGUCGAGGAGUUUUCCCCGCUCUGUGAGGUCCAGAGCGACAAGGCCUCGGUCGAAAUCACCUCGCGCUUCACCGGCACCGUCAAGAAGCUCUACUACGAGGCCGGCGAGAUGGCCAAGGUCGGCAAGCCCUUUGUGGACAUUGACAUCCAAGGCAGCGCCGCGGAGGAGGAGGCACCCCCGGCCGGAGAGGAAGCGCCGGUCAUCUCAGCGCCGACCGAAGCACAAGCCCCGGCCCCUACGCCCGUCUCUGCACCUGCUGAAUCGCCGGCCGUGCCCAAGCAAAAGGGCAAGAGCGCCUCCAUCUCCACGCCCGCCGUCCGCCACCUCUCCAAGGAGCUCGGCGUAGAUAUCAGCGACAUUUACGGCACCGGUCGGGAUGGUCGCGUCACCAAGGAGGACAUACUCAAGUUUGUUCAGGGCAAGGACGCCGCGGCUGGCAGCCCGGCCCCGACCGCGGCCCCGACCAACCCGUCCGUACAGAUGGAGACGCGACAGCCGCUCACGCCGACACAGCAGAUGAUGUUCAAGACCAUGUCGCGGUCCCUGACCAUUCCGCACUUUCUCUACGCCGACGAGGUCGACUUUUCCGACCUCGUCCGUCUGCGCGGCCGCCUCAACAAGGUGCUCGCCAAGGCGCCACACGACGGGCAGCUCGCCAAGCUGUCGUACCUGCCCUUUAUCAUCAAGGCCGUGUCGCUGGCGCUGUACCAGUUCCCGAUCCUCAACGCGCGCGUCGAGCUCGACGCCGCGGCCGCCAACAAGCCUACCCUCGUCAUGCGCGCCCAGCACAACAUUGGCGUCGCCAUGGACGCCCCGCAGGGCCUCGUCGUGCCCGUCAUCAAAGACGUGGGCGCGCUCAACAUUGUCGCCAUCGCGGCCGAGCUCCACCGCCUGCAGGCGCUGGCGCAGCAGGGCAAGCUCGCGCCGGCGGACAUGGCCGGCGGCACCAUCACCGUCUCCAACAUUGGCAACAUUGGCGGCACCUACCUGAGCCCCGUCAUUGUCGAGCGCGAGGUCGCCAUCCUCGGCAUCGGCCGCAUGCGCACCGUCCCCGCCUUUGACGAGCACGAUAACAUUGUCAAGAAGCAGAUUUGCAACUUUAGUUGGAGUGCCGAUCACCGCGUCGUCGAUGGCGCCACCAUGGCCCGCGCCGCCGACGUAGUCCGCAGCGUGGUGGAGGAGCCGGACGUCAUGGUCAUGCACCUCCGGUAA